ACCUAAACCAUCUCCUCUCUUAUUUUUGUAGCAUAUCUUUCUCUUUCUCACACACACUUCAAACCCAUCACUCUCUCUCUCUCUCGCUCUUAAAAAACAAGCAAGAGAGAACAACCCCACCCCAAAAAGAACCAUGCCUGAAGCUCCAAACAAUUUGUCAAAACAAAGAGACGAGUACUACAACCUCGAAGAGAAGAACACCAAGGCCCUCGAGUUUAUCGAAGAUGUCACUUCAAACGCUGAUGAAGUGCAAAAGCGUGUCCUCGCUGAAAUUCUCUCUCGCAAUGCCCAUGUCGAGUACUUGAGGCGUCAUGGCCUUAAUGGCCGCACUGACCGUGAGACCUUCAAAAAGGUCAUCCCCGUCAUUACCUAUGAGGACAUCCAACCUGAUAUCAAUCGUAUAGCCAAUGGUGAUACCUCACCAAUCCUCUGUUCCAAGCCCAUUUCAGAGUUCUUGACAAGCUCUGGCACAUCAGGUGGAGAGAGAAAAUUGAUGCCAACAAUUGAGGAAGAAAUGGGAAGAAGGUCACUGCUUUAUAGCCUGUUAAUGCCUGUACUAAGCCAAUACAUCCGUAACUUAGAAAAAGGCAAAGGAAUGUACUUUUUGUUCAUAAAAUCCGAAUCCAAGACUCCCGGGGGCCUGGUGGCUCGACCCGUCCUAACCAGCUACUACAAAAGUAGCCAUUUCACUGAGAGACCAUACGACCCUUACACCAACUACACAAGCCCAAACGAAACCAUUCUCUGCUCUGACUCUUACCAAAGCAUGUACUCCCAACUCCUCUGUGGGCUCUGCCAAAACGAGGAGGUCGUUCGGGUUGGGGCGGUGUUCGCCUCAGGUUUCAUAAGGGCCAUCCGGUUCUUGGAGAAGCAUUGGCCGGUUGUCUGCGAUGACAUCCGAACAGGGACACUGAACCCACAAAUCACUGACCCCACGGUCCGUGAAGCCGUGGGAAGAAUCCUCAACCGGCCAGACCCAAAACUGGCGGAUUUCAUUGAAACGGAGUGUCGUAAGGAGUCGUGGGAAGGGAUUAUAACUAGGCUAUGGCCCAACACCAAGUAUGUGGAUGUUAUUGUGACUGGGACCAUGUCACAGUACAUCCCAACGCUUGAUUACUACAGCAAUGAGCUCCCUCUGGUCUGCACUAUGUACGCUUCUUCAGAGUGCUACUUUGGUGUCAAUCUUAACCCACUUAGCAAGCCCAUCGAUGUUUCCUACACCUUAAUUCCAACCAUGGCCUACUUUGAAUUCCUGCCGGUCCAUAGGAACAAUUUUAAUGGGGUCACCACUAACUCUCUCCCUGUGGCUAAAUCCCAGCUCACUGAGAAAGAACAGCUUGAACUCGUGGAUCUUGUUGACGUCAAACUUGGCCAAGAAUAUGAACUAGUUGUCACCACUUAUGCAGGACUUUAUCGGUACAGAGUUGGUGAUGUGCUCAAAGUGGCUGGUUUUAAGAACAAGGCACCUCAAUUUAACUUCAUAUGUAGAAAGAAUGUCGUUUUGAGCAUUGACUCGGACAAGACCGAUGAGGUUGAGCUUCAAAAUGCGGUUAAGAACGCGGUGAACCAUUUGGUGCCGUUUGUCGCAACUGUGUCUGAGUACACUAGCUAUGCUGACACGACAACAAUUCCAGGUCACUACGUGCUCUUUUGGGAACUUAGUCUAAAAGGCUCAACCUCUAUUCCUCCUUCGGUUUUUGAAGACUGUUGUUUUACUAUUGAGGAGUCUCUCAAUAGUGUUUACCGCCAAGGUCGUGCCUCAGACAAGUCAAUUGGUCCUCUAGAGAUUAAGAUCGUUGAGCCUGGUACUUUUGAUAAGCUCAUGGAUUAUGCUAUAAGUUUAGGGGCUUCCAUUAAUCAGUACAAGACACCCCGUUGUGUUAAGUUUGCACCCAUUGUUGAGCUGUUGAACUCGAGGGUGGUCUCCCAAUAUUUUAGCCCCAAGUGCCCAAAAUGGGUGGCGGGACACAAACAAUGGUGCAAUAGCCAUGAUCAAUGAAAACUUUGGGGGCCAAAUACCAAUGCUAGGCUCUUCAUGUAGUAGUAGCUCAAUCGCUCGGUCCUUUCAUGGAGAUGUACAAGAACUGUUUUUGUGGUCUUUCUCUUUCUAGGGACAAAAAAAAAAGUUAAUUAUUACCCUUAUUCUAGGUUAACACCAUGUUUAAUUUUAUGUUUACUUUCUUUUUAAAUUUUUUUAGUUGUUUGUUUAAUAUGCAUAGAGACUUUGAAUUAGUCCAUGUACAAAAACAGUUCCACUUUCAUGGAAGCUUAAUCUUCUUUUUGCACUA